UGUGUGUGUGUGUGCGUGAUGAGUGUGAGAGAGCGAGAAAGAGAGAGACUCCUCUUGAUCCUCACGUCCCUUCUUUCCUUUAGGCGGGACUGACGUGGACUGUCAGGACCCCCCAAUGCACAAGGAGGAAUUCUAAAGCGGUUUGCGACCCCCGUUGGAAAAGAUCACUCAGCGUUUAUGGCCUAUUGAUCAGGUGACUCCAUCCUUCUCCCCCUCCCCGUCAUCAUCAUUAUCAUCCUCGUCAUCAGCAUCAAUGCGAUGAUGAGGAGAAUAGAUUGAGGGCUGGGUCGUGAGGAUCAAAUGUGUUCAAAACGGCUGAUGCUACUGCUCUGUUGCCGAGUAUCACACACCUGACCUGACUCGUUUUUGGUGCUGUCGCCACACUCGCAACUCAAAACACUUGUAUCUCAAAUCAUCCUUCGCAAACGAAAACAAAUGUACCAGCUUGAAAAAAAAUUCAAUGAGGAAAAACAGCACCCUCUACUUCAUAAAAACAGCAUAAUGACAUUUAAAUAGAAUUGAACAGUUUGUGCAUCAUGAUUGUGUCUGUAUCACCCGUCACAUGUGUGCUCACAUUGCGGAAAGCGUUUUUAAGUCAACAUAGUUUGCGUGUAAGUCUCUCUUUUUUUUUUAGCUUUAGUGUAAACUUCAGCCGGAAGCGUCAUGAAACAGUUACAAGGCUCUUUUUGGAUCAAUUUGUGCAGCUUGUUGUUGAAUUGAAGUUCACUGCCACUGUGAAGCGUUUGUAAUUCCAGUUUGCGCUUGCAAGUCCAACCAAAAAAAAAAAAAAAAACCACACCAAAAAAUGUCAGUCCUGCCUUUUGUCAACAUUCAUGCAGAGUUGCCUGAAAAUGAAGGAGAAGGCACUUUAUAGUCCCUAACGACGAUCCUGGCAAUACCUGGGAUGCUUCUGACGCAAAAAAGGGUUCAAGGACUUCUCAUUGUGGCGAACCUUUGCAUGUUACCAUGAUCUUGGGCCUGAAAGUUCAACACAAGGAAUCAGCAGGUGCUUUUACUUUGACAGAGGUUCGAGCCAAAAUGGAGUCUCGCAUGUCCUUUUCCUGUUUCAUCAUGCAGGACCUGAACAAGGAAGCGCUCGUUUUCAAACGCCGUUUACAUUUCUCAGGCCCGCCGCCUUUUGAUUCUGCUACCCUGUGGCACGAGAAAUGCUGACUCAUGUGUGAGGCUGACCAGGUGACACACGGAAGCAGUUCCCAGUAGUGGCCAGUGGGCAUGGUUUUGGAGGGUAGCUCCGAGGCGCUGUGUCCCCCCCCAUCUCUGGAGCUGCGCCCAUCCUACAAGAGCCAGCCCUUGCCUCCCUUGGGCUCCAGCUCUCGGCUUCCGGACGGAGUCUUUCCCGAUGACCGGGAGCCUAUCACGUACGGCGAGCUCAUCGUCUUAGGGCACAAUGGCUCGCUGGCCUGUGGAGACAAGGGUCGCAGGAGGAGUCGCCUGGCCCUAUAUAAGAGACCAAAAGCCAACGGGGUUAAACCUGACGUCAUCCACAACAUCUCAACACCUCUUGUGUCCAAGGCACUCAGCAACAAAAGCCAGCACAGCAUCUCAUACACACUCUCUCGCAGCCACUCCGUCAUUGUGGAGUACACGCAUGACACAAACACGGACAUGUUUCAGAUCGGUCGCUCCACAGAGAGCAUGAUCGACUUUGUGGUGACGGACACAUCCGGCGCAGGCGGGGGCUGCGCCAGUGGGGAGGGCAGCGGAGGUCAGUCGGCGCAGAGCACCAUCUCCCGUUACGCCUGCCGCAUCAUGUGCGAGCGCAACGCCCCUUACACGGCCCGCAUAUACGCCGCCGGCUUUGACUCCUCGAAAAACAUUUUCCUGGGGGAGCGCGCCGCCAAGUGGAGGACAUCGGAUGGCCUGAUGGACGGCCUGACCACCAACGGCGUGCUGGUCUUGCACCCAGCCGGCGACUUUGUGUCCGAGCCGGCUCCAGGCGUCUGGAGGGAAAUCUCCGUCUGCGGCAACGUCUUCGCCCUGAGGGAGACGCGAUCGGCACAGCAGAGGGGAAAGUUGGUGGACAACGAGUCCAACACCCUCCAGGACGGCUCCCUGAUCGACCUAUGCGGGGCCACGUUGCUGUGGCGGACUCCCGGUGGCCUGCGCCGCACGCCCACCCUCAAGCAGCUGGAGUCCCUGCGCCAGGAGCUGAACGCCGCUCGGCCCCAAUGCCCCGUGGGCUUCAACACACUGGCCUUCCCCAGCCUGGCGCAGCGCGAGAUCGUGGACAAGAAGCAACCUUGGGUGUACGUCAACUGCGGCCACGUGCACGGCUACCACAACUGGGGCUACCGCAAGGAGAAGAGCCCUGCCGGGCCAGGAGGCACAGCCCCGGCCGCCACCGUCGAGAGGGAGUGCCCCAUGUGCAGGCGGGUGGGCCCCUACGUGCCGCUGUGGCUGGGUUGCGAGGGGGGCUUAUAUCUGGACGCCGGAGCGCCCACUCACGCCUUCUGUCCCUGCGGUCACGUUUGCUCCCAAAAGACGGCGGCGGGAUGGAGUCAGAUCCCGCUGCCGCACGGGACGCACGCCUUCCACGCCGCCUGCCCCUUCUGCGGGACCUGGUUGACAGGCGAGCGGGGCCACAUCAAACUUAUCUUCCAGGGCCCUGUCGACUGAAGACCACACAGUGGGGCCCUGGCAACGCUUUCUUUUGCUCCCUUACCACGCUCCUAACCCAAAUCACCUUUCCUCAUUAAAACGAAAGGAAAGACAAUUCAUCCAUUCCAGGCCCCCCUACCCCAAAACACCACAAUUCCUUUUUAACAUGCGUCAGCAGAAGGCCAGACAGAGACGUCACGUGGCACGUCAUGUGUGUUUAUGCAGAAUUUGUAAAUAAAUUGUGGUGACAUGAGCGUUA